AUGCUUCCGGCAGAAUACGGCAAGUGGUACAGCGUGUACAGGCGCUUUCGAUGGAGCGAGCAGGGUGUUUGGGAGAAGAUGCAUCUGUACUUCUCCAAAGAGCCGGAUAUGGAGCAUCUGAUAAUAGACAGCACGACAGUGCGUGCGCAUCCCUGUGCUGCGGGUGCCCCGCAUAAAAAGGGGGACAGCAGUCGCAGGCUCUGGGAGAAGCCGAGGCGGCUUCAGCACGAGGUGCAUGUGAGUGUUGACGCUCUGGGCAAUCCAUUGAGAUUCACGCUCACUGGGGUCAGGCACACGACAUCACUCCAGCUGAUGAACGAUAGACGGCAUUGA